AUGGGUAAAUACAAAAGAAAGACGGAACGUCAAUCUUGGAAUGAAGUUAGUAUGAAAAAUGCUGUUCAAAAAGUACUAGAUGGUAAGAUGGGUUACCUCAAAGCUGCAAAAGAGUUUGAUGUUCCCCGUUCUACAUUAGAGGGUAGAGUAAAUAAAGUCAGGAAAGGAAUACUUCUACGAGAAAAUGCAUCAAACAAGGGUUUAGGGCGAUAUAAAGCAGUUUUCACAAAAGAACAAGAGGAGGAAAUUGUUCAACAUAUAUUUGCGAUGGAAAAUCGUUUAUUUGGUUUUAGUCUUAAGGAUUUGCGUAAAUUGGCCUUUGAUCUGGCGGAGAAUAACGGCCUAGCCCACCAGUUUAAUAAAGAAAAAAAAACCGCUGGAAAAACAUGGCUUUACGAAUUCUUAAAAAGACAUCCAAAUGUCUCACUACGAACUGCAGAACCAACAUCUCUUGCUAGAGCAAUAGGUUUCAACAGAGCAGCCGUAGCAAAGUUUUUUUUACUUCUUGGAGAAGUUUACAAAAAAUACAAUCUAUCACCCGACAGAAUAUAUAACGUGGAUGAAACAGGAAUAAUGACAGUCCCAAAAAAGCGGUCUAAAUGUUUGGCAUUACGAGGCAAGAAGCAAAUUGGCUGCCUGUCUUCGGGAGAACGGGGUGUUCUUGUGACAGCUGAAACGUGUAUGUCCGCGACAGGUGUCUUUAUGCCAACUAUGUUCGUUUUUCCAAGAGAAAGAGCUAAACCAGAACUUUUAGACAACGCACCCCCUGGAACCAGCGCUGCAUAUCAUUCAUCGGGUUGGAUGCAAACUGACAUUUUUGUUAAUUGGUUUAAAAAGUUCAUUACGUUUUCUAAUCCAACCAAGGAAAAACCUGUGCUUCUCUUGUUGGACGGUCAUGCGACGCACACAAAAAGCCUUGCACUAAUAGAAAUGGCACGAGCAAACAACGUCAUCCUUCUGUGUUUUCCUCCUCAUACAACCCAUCGUUUACAGCCGCUCGAUGUAAGUUUCAUGUCUCCAGUCAGCACAUAUUAUGCUGAAAAUGUUCAAAAGUGGCUGCAAAUGCACCCCGGUAGAGCGGUAACUAUUUCUCAAGUAGGAGAGCUUUACGGUGCUGCAUUUAUGAAGGCAGCAUGUGUUCAAACUGCGGUUAAUGGUUUUAAAGCAACUGGCAUAUACCCCCUUAACCCGGAAAUAUUCCCAGACUGGAUGUUUGAGCCUUCCGAAACUACUAAUAGACCCUUGGAUGAAACAAUCCCGCGUUCAGUUACUCCACAACCAUCACUUCAAAUUCCAGAACAUGCAACUCCAGUCAAGACAGUUACUCAAAAUCCAGUAAAUCAUUUACCAACAGUACCAGCAAGCGUUGGAUCUGGAGAUGACCUCUACGCCCCUUCGUGUAGUACGUCUUCGAACUUUGUUAUAACUCCUAAGCAAAUAGUAAACAUUCCUCAAGCCCCAGAACGUAAAUCCAACUCAGGCGAUAGGAGACGAGGUAAGACGGCAAUUUUAACUUCUACUCCUUACAAAAAUGACCUGCAAGAGACAAUUGCGGCGCGAUUGGCCAAAACUUCCAAGAAAAAACCAAAAUUGAAUCUUGAAGAUACAACCAAAAAAAAUAAAGUGAUUUCUACACUUUCCAAAAAGAAGGUGGUAAAGAAACAAGUAGCUGCUAAAGUGAACGACAACAUUUCUUCUUCCUCUUCGGAUGAAGAAGAUGAUGAUAAUGCCACUUGCAUGUAUUGUAAUGAAUUGUAUUCUAACUCCAAAUCUGAGGAAGGGUGGAUAAAGUGUCAUAAGUGUAGCGAUUGGGCACAUGAGCAAUGUGCCGGUAUUGAACCUGACGAUGAUGAGGUGUUCACAUGUGACUUUUGCCAUUAA